AUAACCAAUUUGCUUUAUAUACAUUACACCCUCAUCUUCUAGCUCCAAACUAGAAACCAUUGUACUCAUCAUCACCACUUCCAAAUAACUUUCCAAAACCAACCUUUUAAGAACCUCCAAAAUGGAACCUUUCCACUCCCCAACUGGAAAUCCCUAUCCAUACUAUGGCCUUCCCACCACAGUGAUGAUGAGCUUCUGUAGGACACCCACAAGUCCCAUUCCCAGCCCUUGUAAGGCAAUGGACCCUAGAAUCUGGGGCAGCCUCCCCCACAAGCUCAUUGAUAGGGUACUCGUCUUCCUCCCGCCGCCGGCCUUCUUCCGGUCGCGGUCCGUCUGCAAGAGAUGGUAUUCCCUCCUCUUCUCCUCCAAGUUUCUUGAAAUGUAUUUGCAGGUUUCCCCAGACUGCCAUUGGUUCGUGUUCUUCAAGCACAAGGGCUUGAAGCCCUACAUUUGUAGGGGUGGUGCCAAUGAUGAGUUGUCCGAGGGGUCGGGAUCGAGGUCGAGAGAGACGCCGUAUGAAGGGUACUUGUUUGACCCUCGCUCGUUGACAUGGUACCGCCUUUCGUUCCCUUCGAUCCCGAGGGGGUUUUCUCCUGUCACGUUGUCCGGGGGCCUAAUCGGAUGGGUCUCGGACGAUGCGGGCCCGAAGAACAUUCUUUUAUCCAAUCCUCUCGUGGGGUCGUCGGUGGUCCCCAUCGCCCCCACUCUGAGGCCGAGGCUCUUCCCCAGCAUCGGGUCCCACAUCACCAGGUCUAUAGCAGGGGACGACCUGACGUCCCAGUACGCGGUCAAGAACCUGGCGACGGAGAGCUUCCACGUCGACGCCGGCGGGUCCUACUCCAUAUGGGGCACCGCCGCCCCGCUCCCGAGGCUCUGCAGCUUCGAGCCGGCGGGGACCACGGUGUACGCCGGGGGGAGGUUCUACUGCAUGAACUCCAGCCCCUUCGGCGUGCUCUCGUACGACAUUUCGCCGAACACCUGGUGCAAUAUCCAAGCCCCGAUGAGGCGGUUUCUGCGGUCCCCGAACUUGGUGGCGGCGGGCGGGGGCGGCCGGAAGCAGCUGAUCAUGAUGGUGGCGGCGGUGGAGAAGAGGAAGCUGAGCGUGCCGAGGAGCCUGAGGGUGUGGGCCCUACGGGAGUGCGGGACCACGUGGGCGGAGACCGAGAAAAUGCCGCAAGAUCUGUACAUUCAGUUCGCGGAAAUGGAGGGCGGGAAGGGGUUCCACUGCGUGGGCCACGGGGACUUCGUGGUGAUAACGGCGAAGAACUCGGCGGCGGCGGUGAUGUUUGACUUGCACGCCAAGAAGUGGGCGUGGGUCCCUCCUUGCCCGUUUGUUCGGCAAGAUUUGCCGCCGUGUGGCGGCUGCGGAGAGCUGCGUGGGUUUGCUUACGAGCCGAGACUGGCGACGCCGGUAACCGCACUGCUUGCUCACUUGACACUCCCGUUUUGAUAAGCUAAAAAGGCAAUUCAGAAUUAAAAUAGGGAGAUUUUGAAAUUCCCAAAAAAAGAAAAAAACAAUUCAACUCCAUGGCGGAUCGAUUUGGCCCAUAAGGGCACUGACCCUUUCAAAACCCUUCGAUUCUUCUUCCUGUUUGUUGUUCGCUUUGCCCCAGAUUUUUCAUUAGAAUCAAAACCAUCAAAUUUUCUCUUCAUUCCAUCACCAUAUGAUUUUGGUCACACAAGACUCGAUGCCUAAUCCCUGCUCAGACUCAUAAACAAUUGCCGCUGUCCACACAGGAGGAGCCGCCGCUGCUGCCGCAGGCAAGAGUUCCAGCUAUCAAUUCGUCUUCCUCUCCGGUCUGAUUUUAGUCGUCGCCGGCUGAUCAGUCAGUGCAGCAGCAAGUUUUCCACGGAUUAUUCAGUGCAGCGCCUCAGCAGUAGCCACUAGCCGUGUUGAAUCGGUGAGAACUGGUGAUUCAGUUGGUACAUCAGCUCAUAAUGUUGCUUGAUGAAUGCAACCAGGCACUCUAGGUUAGAUUCCCUUGCAUGAAACACAGUACGGAGUCUUUGUUUAUGCAAAACUUUUUAAUCUUGCAAUAUUUUUAUAAUCAAUUGCUGACUUGACUGCUCCAUUAGUUUUGUUAGAUGUUUGUUUGAUGGAAACACUCACAAUAAGUAUAGGGUACAAAGAAUAUUUUUAAUUUUCCAAAUGAUCCCAAAACAUACAAACAAAACAAAUUAGCAGUAGUUAAAUGGCAUCGGGAGGGCGAAGAAUGGAACCCGGACGGCCAAAGACUUUCUAACUGCGACGAGGCUGCAAAUCUCCGGCUGGGUGCGAUGAAGUGAGUAGGCGCGAUUUAGAUUUUAGAAUUGAAAACAGGUAAUCGAAUGUUUAUUCUUUAUGAUAUACUUCGUAGUUUUUUAUUUGCAAGUUUUGAAUGGUUGUUUUUAAAAUCAAACUUUUGAUUUUAA